CCCCAUUUGAUCUCACCUUUUCUCGCCCAGCAACAACCAUGACGACUGCACCCUCUGUGUCUGUAAGCACUUUCGCCACUUCCACUCCCCGAUCGUCUCCCUCCAUUUCCCAUCUCUCACCUCCUCGAACCAUCAAAUUUCCCACUUUCUAUUCCAAUUUCCUCAAUGAUCUCUCCACCACUGUCUCCCACGCGCCGUCACGUGCUGCAAGUAUUCUCCCUCGAGCAACCGCUACACCGUCCUCCGCCGCUUCUUCAAGCACCGUAUUUCACGGCUUCUGCUAUGUCGUCGGAGACAACAUCGACACCGAUCAGAUUAUCCCGGCUGAGUACUUAACCUUGGUCCCCUCGAAUCCCAGCGAGUACGAGAAGCUCGGAUCUCACGCCCUAGUUGGCCUUCCUUCCUCUUAUUCCACACGCUUCGUGGAAUCUAACGAGAUGAAGACCAAAUAUAGUAUCAUAAUUGCCGGUGACAACUUCGGUUGCGGUUCUUCACGGGAGCAUGCACCGGUUGCGUUGGGAGCAUCCGGUGCGGUGGCUGUGGUUGCUGAAUCGUAUGCGCGUAUAUUCUUCAGAAACUCGGUAGCGACUGGAGAGAUUUAUCCUUUGGAAUCGGAAAUUAGGGUCUGCGAUGAAUGUAAGACUGGCGAUGUGGUGACUAUCGAGCUCGCAGAUGGCUGCUUGAUCAACCACACGACGGGGAAAGAAUACAAGCUCAAGCCUAUUGGGGAUGCGGGUCCUGUCAUCCAGGCUGGAGGGAUCUUCGCAUAUGCAAGGAAGACUGGUGAUUUUAAGAUGCUCAAACUAGUUAUGAGUUAUGGCUUGGCAAGGGAAUGUAGCCACCACUUUUACUCUGCAUUAGGCUAAUAGUCCUCUAGGUCAUGAUCAUGAACGAUAUGAGAGGUAUGCUGGUUCUUUGAUCAACUUGUGGCUCAUAUAAUGCAGAUAGUUAUUUUAGAAUUCGAGCUCCUACUUAAAUCU